AUGGAUUCUUUAGCGAGAAGGGCAUCAGAAGUCAGUUCCAGGCGAGUCAAAAUAAGGUCCUUUCCCCCGCUCAAGCUAUCCCGCGCAUCCGAUUAUAUCAAAGCAAAAAGACUGACCGCUAACUACUACUUCACUUGGCUAAGGCCCCUCGCUCUGGGUGACCCCCCUGGAGAGCUAACUGUAAAUAAGAAAGAAUCACUUAUUUGCACUGCUAACUCUUCGUUCCGAGUCGUCAAGAGCAAGAAGAGUUUCGGAAAGAAAUCCCAUGGGAUAGGUGGAUUGCGCUGGGGAAAGCUUAGCCGGUUAGAUUACGUCAACCUUCCUUAUUCACUAGCUUACUUGAUAGAGGCUCUGUCAAGAGCAAAAGGGACUUAUUCGCGCCAGCGACGAGCUGACUCUCAAGACCUUGCUCUUACCUUACUCCUAGCCUUUGAAAUCCCGCUCACUCCUUUCCUAUCUAAUCAUAACUUCUUCGAGACGGAUGAGACGGAAGAAGACAUAGAAUCCAAGCAUGGGAAAGGGAAAGCUACCUCUUUUUCAGUUACCGGGUGGGCACAUCAUCCAUCCCCAGCCUUUCAGGAGGCCAUCUACGGAAUCGUCUUCCAAAAUGACAUUGAAAUCGACAUCUGCUACAACAAGAUGGAAAUGUUGAAUAGAGUAGAGUGCAUUAUUCUCCUUUUGGUUGAAUGCAUAUGGUAUCGAUAG